AUGAGACUCUUGACCGGCAUCGUGGCCCUCGGCCUCCUUCCUCACCGAGGCACCCCGUCGACGUUGAGCGAGGACCUCAGCUACUCCAUCAAUGCCCUCAACCAGGCUCGCCAGGCCAAGAGGCUCGCCUCCCUCUCCUGGGACCCAAACCUGGCCGCCUACGCCCAGUACUGGGCCAACGCCAUGGCAACGGGCCAGCAGCCCUUCGCCCACGCCACGGGCAGGUACCGACCGAGCCAGGGCGAGAACCUCUACGCACGAGCCUCGGGCCAAUGCGACGGCGCCUACGACACCCCGAUGCUGACGGCCAUGCACGCCUGGCUCGCCCAGGCCUCGCUGUACAACGACGAGCCCGUGAGGACGGGCCACGAGCAUUGGCUGCACUGGUGUAAGCCUCUCCCUCUCCUCGCCGGCGCUCGCUCCACGCGGCUGCCGCGGCCGUCAAAGGGCACGAGCUGGCCGCCUGCCGGCUUGUUGUUGACGGAACCUCCAGCGCAGUGCAUGUGGUCGACGACGACGCACGUCGGCUGCGCCCGCGCCUACAGCAUCUCGGAGCCCUACAAGGUCUACAACGUCUGUCGCUUCUUCCCCGCGGGCAACAUGUGGGUCGCUCCAUCCCAUCGGACGGGGCAUGCUGUCGGUGACGAUGGCUGA